GCUCACCUGGUGGCAGCAUUUGAGCAGAGCCUGGGGAACAUGACGAUCAGACUGCAGAGCCUGACAAUGACAGCAGAACAAAAGGACUCCGAACUGAACGAGUUAAGGAAGACUAUUGAACUACUGAAGAAGCAAAAUGCUGCUGCCCAGGCUGCCAUCAAUGGAGUCAUCAACACACCUGAGCUCAACUGCAAAGGACCUGGAGCUGCUCAGCCCACAGACCUGCGGAUCCGAAGGCAGCACUCUUCAGAUAGCGUCUCCAGUAUUAACAGUGCUACCAGUCACUCCAGCGUGGGAAGCAACAUAGAGAGUGAUUCAAAGAAAAAGAAGAGGAAGAACUGGUUACGCAGCUCCUUCAAGCAAGCUUUUGGUAAAAAGAAAUCUCCCAAGUCAGCAUCUUCUCAUUCAGAUAUUGAGGAGAUGACUGAUUCUUCGUUACCUUCUUCACCGAAGCUCCCACACCAUAACUCUACUGUUUCAACGCCAUUGCUGAGAGCUUCCCAUUCCAAUUCUCUUAUUUCUGAAUGCACUGACAGUGAAGCUGAAACGGUCAUGCAGUUACGAAAUGAGCUAAGGGACAAGGAGAUGAAGCUGACGGAUAUUCGUCUAGAAGCCCUUAGCUCCGCUCAUCAGCUUGACCAGCUUCGGGAGGCGAUGAACAGAAUGCAGAGUGAGAUUGAAAAAUUAAAAGCAGAAAAUGAUCGUCUGAAAUCUGAAAACCACGGCAGCUGUAGCAGGGCUCAGUCUCAGGUUUCCAUUUCAUCCUCUCCAAGACAUUCAGUGGGUCUCUCUCAGCACAGUUUGAACCUCACGGAGUCAACCAGUCUCGACAUGCUGUUAGAUGACACUGGAGAUGGCUCUGCCCGGAAGGAAGGAGGCAGGCACGUCAAAAUAGUUGUCAACUUUCAGGAUGAGAUGAAAUGGAAGGAGGAUUCGAGGCCUCGCACCUUCCUCAUAGGCUGCAUCGGAGUCAGUGGCAAGACCAAAUGGGAUGUUCUGGAUGGGGUUGUAAGACGGUUGUUUAAGGAGUAUAUCAUUCAUGUGGAUCCUGUGAGCCAGCUGGGACUGAAUUCAGACAGUGUUCUGGGCUACAGCAUUGGAGAAAUCAAACGCACCAACAGUGCAGAGACACCUGAGCUCUUGCCCUGUGGCUAUCUAGUUGGAGAAAACAACACUAUUUCAGUUACCAUCAAAGGUAUCUGUGAGAACAGUUUGGACGGUCUGGUGUUUGAAUCACUGAUCCCAAAGCCUAUACUGCAGCGUUACGUCUCUCUCCUGAUGGAACACAGACGGAUUAUCUUAUCUGGCCCCAGUGGCACCGGCAAAACAUACCUAGCAAACCGUCUCUCUGAGUAUAUGGUCCUUAGAGAGGGCAGGGAGUUGGCCGAUGGCAUUAUUGCAACCUUCAAUGUGGACCAUAAAUCCAGUAAGGAACUCCGCCAAUACCUGUCUAACCUAGCAGACCAGUGUAACAGUGAAAAUAAUGCUGUGGAUAUGCCGCUUGUAAUCAUUUUGGAUAAUUUGCAUCACGUUAGCUCCCUAGGAGAGAUUUUUAAUGGACUUCUAAACUGCAAAUACCACAAAUGUCCGUAUAUUAUUGGCACAAUGAACCAAGCCACCUCCUCAACACCUAAUCUUCAACUUCACCAUAAUUUCAGAUGGGUGCUAUGUGCUAACCACACUGAGCCGGUCAAAGGCUUUCUCGGACGAUUCUUGAGGAGAAAACUAAUUGAAACAGAGAUCAGUGGCAGGAUGAGAAAUGCAGAGCUGGUUAAAAUUAUUGAUUGGAUUCCCAAGGUCUGGCAACAUCUGAACAAAUUCUUGGAAGCUCACAGCUCCUCCGAUGUUACUAUUGGUCCACGGCUCUUUCUCUCCUGUCCGAUAGACGUAGAUGGUUCUAGAGUUUGGUUUACUGACUUGUGGAACUACUCCAUCAUCCCAUAUCUUCUGGAAGCAGUUAGAGAAGGGUUACAGUUGUACGGGAGGAGAGCGCCCUGGGAGGAUCCUGCAAAAUGGGUAAUGGACACCUACCCCUGGGUGGCCACCCCACAGCACCAUGAGUGGCCUCCUCUGCUACAGCUGCGGCCUGAAGACGUGGGCUUUGACGGCUACUCAAUGUCACGCGAAGGCUCGACCAGCAAACAAGUUCCUGUGAGUGAUGCUGAAGGAGAUCCUUUGAUGAACAUGCUAAUGAGACUGCAAGAAGCAGCCAACUACUCAAGUCCCCAGAGUUACGACAGUGACUCCAACAGCAACAGCCAUCAUGAUGACAUCCUCGAUUCAUCUCUGGAGUCCACAUUGUGAUCUUCCUCAGAUAGAAAUAGGUUGUUUCCAUUAGUGCUCUCCCAUUUGGCAAGAACCCUGAUCGCAGACUCAUGAAAAGAACACGUUCCUGGGCUGGGAUCUCAGUAUUAGAGCUGCAAGAACACCAAGACACUUGGAGUCAGUCUUGAACCUGGGUGCAGGCAACCCAAGCAACCUUUGUGGUGUUUUUCUUUUGACGAUGAUGAGAACUACUGCACUAUUCCUUUGUUUUCUUCUGUUUAGUUGCUGUAAGCUCUCAUGCCUAAAAUACUGAAGAUGUUCAAAAUAAUCAUCGUUACAAAAAGUUGAAGGGGCGGGGGGCGGGAUUUCACAGCUAUGAAGCAAACAGCUUUGUGCCAUGUACUGUCCGGAAGGAGAGGAAAUUUUUGCCUAUGCUGCUUCUGACCAAACACAUUUAGGUGAGGGCUGGACUUUUACCAAUCAGCUUUGCGGCUUAGACUCAGCUCAUAUAGUUCUGGUGCUAUAAGAAUAUCGCUUGCCUUGGUAAUAAUACUCAAUGAAGGCAAACCUGCAAACCAGGGAAGUUUGAAUAAAUA